UAUAAUAACAAAUAUCACUUGUAAACCGGUAAACGACUGAUAAAAAAUAAAAAAAAAAAAAAAUGGAUGAAGAUAAUCAAGAAGAAAUAAUCGAGUCAGAUAACGAAGAGCCUAAAACAGUAGCAGAAGUUCUGGAAGAACUAACUCAAGCUUGGCAAAAUGAAAAGUCAUCACCAGAAAUCCUGAAACACAUGUCUGACCACGUGGACGGUCUUCUGGAACACAUAACUUGCAUGGAAGUAAACAUCGAGUCGCUUCCUAAAGACGACUUACGCGUAACGAUUCAUCGAAUGGAGAUAGACCGGAUCAGAUACUUGAUAACUAGUUACUUGAGAACGCGGUUGGAGAAAAUAGAGCUCUAUGCUAUUGAUAUCAUCAAGGAAGAAGCUAAGCGCAGUGCGAAUAAUCGCUACUUGUCGGAUAGUGAGCUCCAAUUUGCUAAAGAUUGGACUACCAACAUGGAGACACUCUUGAAGAGUGUUGUGCUCCAACAUUUACCGGGUACUUUUCAGGAGUUGGAGAUUGACAAGCUCACUGUCAAGCCUAAUUUAAAUUCUUAUGUUUUUAUACGUGCUGAUAAAGCUGCUGAAGGGAUUCUUAUACCGGGAACUGAUAGGGAAUUAAAUAUCGCUGAAGGCUCGCAGCAUAUUGUUCAAUAUAAGGCUGUUGCUCAUUUGGUUAGAGAUGGUUCGGUUCAAUUACUUUAAUAUAAUUAAUAUAAUUAUUAUAAGUAAAAAUAAAUUAUU